AGGCGGGCGGGAUAUCUCGGUGAAGUGGAUAUUGAAAAUGCCCCGCAACUCAUCGUAUCCCGGGAUUCGGAGACUUUUCGUCUAGGACCCAUCGUAAGCGAAUCCGACUGCGAGGAGCCCUGAGUAGGUGUCGUAGGAUCAAUCGGGAUCAUUACUAAUCCGAUUAACUUUGGGUGUUAUGCUAUGUUAUGGAAUCAUGACAAUACCUAUGCGACGAAACUGGCGCAUUUGGUUUCGGUAUAAAAGUGAUGUCAUCUACUUGUGUACUAGGUCAUUCAUAUAGCCGAUCGGCUUUAACGAGAUAUAAAUCGUGAAAGACGAACAUCUCCAAUACCAAUUCAACGGAUCAGGCGACUACAACCUCGAUUUUCCAUAUACACUUCUUGACCCCUCUGUUCACGAUCUAGUUGAUCCAAGCGGACGGUUCACCGAUUAGCCUCAAGAUGACGAGCACAAUGAAAGCAGUUGAUAUCAAAGGCGGCAAAGGCCCAGCCAGCGCGCUCUUCAUAAACCCAGACACGCCACGGCCCACGCCCAAAGAAGGCGAGGUCUUAGUGCGCGUAAAAGCAUUCGGAUUGAAUCGCAUGGAUCUCAUCCAGCGCGAGGGGAAAUACCCGCUCCCUCCGCAAGCGCCACUCACGCUCGGCGUAGAGUUCAGCGGAACAGUAGCCAGUCUAGGCCCUUCCCUGCCCUCAUCUUCACCCUCAUCUUCACCCUCAUCCGAGCCCCCUCUGCGCGAAGGCGACGCAGUCUUCGGUCUGGCCUACGGCGGGGCAUACGCCGAGUACAUCGCGGUCGACGCGCGGAUGCUCCUUCGCAAGCCUGAUUUUCUAUCCUGGGAGUCGGCGGCAGGCAUCCCCGAGACCUUCAUGACGGCGACGCAGGCGCUGCACUUGGUCGGUGAGUUCGCGGCCGGCAAGUCCGUGCUGUGGCACGCCGGGGCGAGCGGCGUCAGCAUCGCGGGGAUCCAGCUCAGCCUGGACGCCGGCGCGUCCGCGGUCUACGCGACGGCCGGCAGCGACGAGAAGUGCAAGUUCAUCGAGUCUGAGCUUGGCGCCACCAAGGCGUUCAAUUACAAGUCUCGAGACAACUGGGCGCAGGGUAUCGUCGAGGCCACGGGCGGGAAAGGCGUGGAUUUGAUUGUGGACUUUAUCGGCGCGAGCUAUUUCCAGCAGAACAUGGCUGCGGCCGCCAAAGAUGCUCGCUGGGUUAUUUUAGGAUUGAUGGGUGGCUCGAAGCUUGAAGGGGUGGAUAUUGGCAUGUUGCUGUAUAAGCGGAUAAGAAUGGAGGGAAGCACUUUGCGGAGCCGCGAUCCGGAAUAUCAGGGUCGGUUGAAGGAUAAGCUGGCUGAGUAUAUACCGCAUUUCGAGAGCGGGAAGCUCAAGGUUAAAAUCGACUCCGUGUUUCCCAUGGAGGAUAUUAUCAAAGCUCACGAGCUUUUGGAGAAGAAUGUCACAACGGGUAAGAUUAUUUGCACUGUCCCAUAGGCAAUAAGCAUGAUGAAGGCAAGGGGUAUUUCAUAAUGACAUAUCAUAAGAUUUAUUGAUGUUGAGGAUUUGCCGUCUCUACUAAAGAGCGCAAACCGAUGUUUAUUUGAAUCAAGCUUAAACAAUCAUGCAUCCCGCCAACGC